AUGCAGUUGGAGAUUGAUCGUCUUUGUAGGAAGCUACGCUGUAAACGGCGGAGAAGGACUCCCUCAAAUUCUAACCCCUCCUCUGAUGAUGAUGGAGAUGGUAGCUACAGGUCCAAGUCCAAGACUCCCUCCAGUGAGUCUUUUUCAUAUGAUGGGGGCUGUCAUUACAAGCGGAGGAGUAAGAGUCCAUCUCACAAAGGUACGGGCAAUGAUGCUAUGAGCAAGGCUCUUAACCAGAUCUCUAAAUCACCGUUUACGCACAGAAAUGAAGGGGGAAAACUUCCUCAGCGGUUCACUCAGCCAGCAUUCACCAUGUAUAAUGGUAGAACGGACCCUGUGGAGCACGUUAGCCACUUCAACCAGAGAAUGGUCGUCCACUCCAAGAAUGAAGCCUUGAUGUGUCAAGUUUUCCCAUCCAGUUUGGGACCCGUGGUGAUGAGAUGGUUCAACUAUCUGAAAGAAGUUUCUAUUAGCUCAUUCAAGGAGCUUACUAGGGCCUUCGAGGCUUGUUUCAUAACUUGCAGUAGGAUAGAAAGGGACUUUGAUGACGUGGCUAUAAGGACUUUCAAGGUCAGCUUACCCGCCGAGUAUGAUUUGAGAAAGUCUUUAACCAAGAAACUGGUUAGGAGUGUGCGUCAACUCAUGGACCAUGUUGAUGAGUAUAAGCAGGUCGAGGAGGACCAACAACAGGGAAAGGGAAAAGCCGAAGUGGUCCCUCAAGAUAGAAGGGAUUUCAGGUCGAAUAGGUACAAUAACAAUCGACCUCAGAGAGAUUUUACGAGGCACUCCGGAUCUACUACUACUCAGGUAGUCAGCAUCGUGUUCCAAGAGCCAGUGCACCAAAUCCUGGAGAAAAUUAAGAAUGAGCCAUACUUUCAAUUGCCAAACAAGAUGGGGGGAGACCCCACAAAGUGCAACCAUAGCCUUCACUGCCAACACCACAAGGAGCGGAGGCACACUACUGAAGAUUGUAGGACAUUGUGGAGUCACUUGGAGCAGUUGGUCAAAAUUGGAAUGUUAAAGCAAUUCUUGUAUCAGCCCAGCGGGCAGGGUGGUCAAGUAGGGUCGGGAGCUCAUAGAAACGCUUCUAUAAGAUCACAUUUAGGUACAAUUAAUGUCAUUCUUGCUGCUCCAGGAAGGACUGGUUCUCGGCCAUCCAGGGUGUUGUUUAUAGCUCAACCAUUUAUCGAAGACUCGCCCCUUGAUUCAAAAAGGAGUAGAGUGGGGGUCCGACCAGCUCUAAGCUUUUCUGAUGAGGAUAAAGUUGGGACCUUGCAACCAUAUGAUGAUACUUUAGUAGUUACUCUCAGGAUAGGAGGGUAUAAUGUGAAGAGAGUGCUAGCAGACUAA